AUGAUUGCAGCUUGCGCUCGUGUCGCGGGUCUUCCACUGCGCCCCCUGCUGUACACCGCCGGAACUGCAGCCGCCGCAUCCACCCUUUACUGUUAUAUGAAACCAAGUGAUGGAGAGAAAGCAACAGCGGACCCCGAGGGCCCACCUGCACUCGAAGACCCAGUGUGUGACCAGGCCACAGAACCUGCUCUGGUCCAACCCGAGGAGGUUCCUCAGGACCAGGUCACGGAUUCUGUGACCGAGGCUGAGAAGAAGCUUGAGAAGAUUGUGGUGUCCUUUAUUCAGCUGGAGGACAGAGUGAGGGAGCUGGAGGAACUGCUGUCUGAGGCACGCAGAGAUUGUGACAUGAAAAGCAAGGAGUGUGAGCGAGAGCGGAAAGCUCAAAACAUGCUCCAGGGGGAGAACGACGAGAUGAAGGAGACCAUGAUUCACCAGGAGAAGUUGCUCUUGCACUACAUGUUGGAUGCUGAGCAUAGACACCAGACGGCUGAGGUGUCCCUUGUUUAUCUGGAGGUCGAGAAUGCUCACUUGAGAAACCAACUGAAGACACUGCGAGAAAACCUGCACAACAUGCAGAAUCUGCUAUCUGAUUCUCACGAGGAGUGUGACAAACUAACCCAUGAGUGUGAGCGAGAGCAGGAAGCUCAAACCAUCCUCCAGGUGAAGAACGAGGAGAUGAAGGAGACUCUGAUUCACCAGGAGGAGUUACUGAAGGUCUCCCUGGCCAAAGCUGAGCAGAAACACCAGAAGGCUAAGGCGUCCAUUGUUCAUCUGGAGGCCGAGAAUGCUGACCUGGUAAACCAGCUGAAGACAGUGCGCGUAAACAUGCACGACUUGUGGACUGUGCUAUCUGAUUCUCACGAGGAGUGUGACAAACUAAAACAUGAGUGUGAGCUAGAGCGGGUGGCACACAGCAUCCUCCAGGUGGAGAACGACGAGAUGAAGGUGACUCUGAUUCACCAGGAGGAGUUACUGAAGGUCUCCCUGGCCGAAGCUGAGCAUAAACACCAGAAGGCUAAGGCGUCCAUUGUUCAUCUGGAGGCCGAGAAUGUUGACCUGAGAAAGCAACUGAAGACAGUGCGAGUAAACAUGCACGACUUGUGGACUGUGCUAUCUGAUUCUCAGAAGGAGUGUGACAAACUAAAACAUGAGUGUGAGCGAGAACAGGAGGCUUGCAGAAUCCUCCAGGCAGAGAACGACGAAAUGAAGGAGACUCUGAUUCACCAGGAGGAGUUACUGAAGGUCUCCCUGUCCGAAGCUACGCAGAAACUCCAGAAGGCUGAGGCGGCCAUUGUUCGUCUGGAGGCCAAGAAUUCUGACCUGAUAAACCAACUGAAGAAACUGCGAUUAAACGUACACAUGUGGAAUCUGCUGUCUGAGUCUCACAAGGAGUGUGAAAAACUAAAGCAUGAGUCUGAGCGAGAGCGGGAGGCUCACAGCGUCCUCCAGGCAGAGAACGAGGAGAUGAAGGAGACUCUGAUUCGCCAGGAGGAGUCACUGAAGCUUUCCCUGGCCAAAGCUGAGCAGAAACACCAGAAGGCUGAGGCGUCCAUUGUUCAUCUGGAGGCCGAGAAUGUUGACCUGAGAAACCAGCUGAACACACUGCGCGUAAACAUGCACGACUUGUGGACUGUGCUAUCUGAUUCUCACGAGGAGUGUGACAAACUAAAACAUAUUCAGCCUCAGGGGGACCUCCGCCCUACCAAACCGCUGAACCCCCCUUUGGAGAAGGAGCAGUGUGAGCGAGAGCAGGAAGUUCAAACCAUCCUCCAGGUGGAGAACAAGGAGAUGAAGGAGACUCUGAGUCAUCAGGAGGAGUUACUGAAGGUCUCCCUGGCUGAAGCUGAGCAGAAACACCAGAAGGCUGAGGUGUCCAUUGUUCAUCUGGAGCCGGAGAUGUCUGACCUGGCAAAUCAACUAAAGACACUGCGAGUAAAAGUGCACAACUUGGUGAAUCUUCUAUCUGAGACUCACAAGGAGUGUGACAAACGAACACAUGAGUGUGAGCGAGAGCGUGAGGCUCACAGCAUCCUCCAGGCAGAGAACAACAAGCUGAAGGAGACUCUGAUUCACCAGGAGGAGUUACUGAAGGUCUCCCUGGCUGAAGCUGAGCAGAAACUCCAGAAGGCUGAGGCGGCCGUUGUUCAUCUGGAGGCCGAGAAUUCUGACCUGAUAAACCAGCUGAAGACACUGCGAGUAAAAGUGCACGACUUGGAGAAUCUUCUAUCUGAGUCUCACAAGGAGUGUGACAAGCUAACACAUGAGUGUGAGCGAGAACAGGAAGCUUGUAGCAUCCUCCAGGCAGAGAAUGAUGUCAUAAUGAAGACUGUCAUUCACAAACAGGGGUCACUGAAAAUAGCCAGUGACCAGGGAACAGCUACGUGUGAAAAGUUCAAAGAUUCUGUGACUGAGGCUGAGAAGAAGCUUGAGAAGAUUGUGAUGUCCUUUAUUCAGCUGGAGGACAGAGUGAGGGAGCUGGAGGAACUGCUGUGUGAUGCACGCAGAGAUUGUGACAUGAAAAGCAAGGAGUGUGAGCGAGAACGGGAGGCUCACAGCAUCCUCCAGGCAGAGAACGACGAGAUGAAGGAGACUGUGAGUCAACAGGAGGAGUUACUGAAGAUGAAAUACUACAAGGCUGAGACAUCCAUUGUUCAUCUGGAGGCUGAGAAUGCUGACCUGAGAAACCAGCUGAAGACAGUGCGAGUAAACAUGCACGACUUGUGGAACGUGCUAUCUGAUUCUCAGAAGGAGUGUGACAAACUAACCCAUGAGUGUGAGCGAGAGCGGGUGGCUCACAGUAUCCUCCAGGCGGAAAACGACGAUAUAAAGGAGACUCUGAUUCACCAGGAGGAGUUGCUGAAGGUCUCCCUGGCGGAAGCUGAGCAGAAACACCAGAAGGCUGAGGUGUCCAUAGUUCAUCUGGAGGCUGAGAAUGCUGACCUGAUAAACCAGCUGAAGACAGUGCGAGUAAACCUGCAAAACACGCAGAAUCUGCUAUCUGAUUCUAACAAGGAGUGUGACAAACUAACCCAUGAGUGUGAGCGAGAGCGUGAGGCUCACAGCAUCUUCCAGGCGGAGAACGACGAAUUGAAGGAGACUCUUAUUCACCAGGAGGAGUUACUGAAGGACUUUCUGGCGGAAGCUGAACAGAAACACCAGAAGGCUGAGGUGUCCAUAGUUCAUCUGGAGGCUGAGAAUGCUGACCUGAUAAACCAGCUGAAGACACUGCAAGGAAAUCUGUACAACGGAUGGAAUGUGCUAUCUGAGUCUCACAAGGAGUGUGACAAACUAACCCAUGAGUCUGAGCAAGAGCAGGAGGCUCACAGCGUCCUCCAGGCAGAGAACGAGGAGAUGAAGGAGACUUUGAUUCGCCAGGAGGAGUUACUGAAGGUCUCCCUGUCCGAAGCUGAGCAGAAACUCCAGAAGGCUGAGGCGGCCAUUGUUCAUCUGGAGGCUGCGAAUGCUGACCUGACAAACCAACUGAAGACACUGCGAGUAACAGUGAACGACUUGGAGAAUCUGCUAUCUGAUUCUCACAAGGAGAGUGUGAGCGAGAGUGGGAGGCUCACAGCAUCCUCCAGGCACUGA